AUGAGCACAUCAUCCGAAAAUCUUGAUCUUUUUACACCUGUAUUUAAACAUUUUCGUCGUCUUCCUGAUAAAGAUUGUUUUGCUCAAGCAUAUUCAAUAAUAACUCAUCCAACACUUUUUCAACAGUAUCCAUUAAACAUUUCAAUUGAUAUAGAUUCAUCAUUAGGUUUACAACCCAUAUCAACAUGGUCUAUUUAUUCAUGUAAAUUUUCUGAUGGUCUCUAUUUUCUUUCAAAUCCAUUUACAAUAGAUGGACAACGUCAAUGGAUUAAUCGAUGUUUAAAUAAUUAUUCUCGACAAACUAGAACAAGUAUUGGUGAUAAUAGUGAUAAUCAAAAUUUAUCUCGUAUACGUUGGGCUACACUUGGUUAUCAUUAUGAUUGGACAAAUAAAAUUUAUCAACAAGAUGAUCAUACAAAAAUACCAGAUGAACUUUCAAAAUUAUGUCAAACUAUUGUACAAGUUAUUUCUUCGAAUACAGAUUGUCCAAUGAUGCAUGCUGAAGCUGUUAUUAUUAAUUAUUAUCAUUUAAAUUCAACUUUAUGUGCACAUACAGAUCAUUCAGAAAAUGAUGCAUUAACAAAACCUCUUGUAUCAUUUUCAUUUGGUAAUUCAGCUAUAUUUCUUAUUGGUGGUCAAACAAAAAGUGAUUGUCAACCAUCACCUAUAAUUCUUCGUUCUGGUGAUAUUCUUAUUAUGACAGGAACAAGUCGUCUCUGUUUUCAUGCAAUUCCUCGCAUACUUUCUGAUCCAUUCGUAAACGAUAUUUUAUAUAAGAAUAUUGAUGAUGAUGAUAAAGUUUGUUGGACUUAUAUACAUGACAAGCGCAUCAAUAUCAAUUUACGACAAGUCUAUAGUUAA